AUGGCAAAAACUUAUGAUUACCUCUUCAAACUUUUGUUAAUUGGUGAUUCCGGUGUCGGGAAGACGUGCCUGCUGUUUCGCUUCUCCGAGGAUGCCUUCAAUUCCACAUUCAUCUCUACGAUCGGCAUAGAUUUCAAGAUCAGAACCAUCGAGCUCGAUGGGAAAAAGAUCAAACUCCAAAUAUGGGACACUGCUGGACAAGAACGAUUUAGAACCAUAACCACUGCAUACUAUCGUGGUGCUAUGGGAAUUCUCCUGGUGUAUGACAUCACGAAUGAAAGGAGUUUCGAAAACAUCAAAAAUUGGAUUCGAAACAUCGAAGAGCAUGCCUCUGCUGAUGUUGAAAAGAUGAUUUUAGGGAACAAAUGUGAUAAGAACCAAGAAAGGCAGGUCAGCCGAGAACGUGGAGAGGCCUUGGCAAUUGAAUACAAAAUCAAAUUCAUGGAGACGAGCGCAAAGUCAUCAGUCAACGUGGAAGAGGCCUUCUAUUCCCUUGCCCGAGACAUCAAGGCAAAGAUGGAGAAAAAGAUGGUGAGAUUACUAUUUCAGGGUUUCCAGAUAGUACCAUGCCAAAAAUUAAACAAAGGGAAAUUUUUCUUUUCACCCUCUGCCCUCACAGGAAGGAAGUGGGGCACG